AUGGGUUCUAUUGGCCCACCAUUUUCAGAGAUGCUCAUCAUUUUUCCACCACCUGGUAUUGAUUUCAUGGGUCAUUUUCCUGUUUCUCAUGGUUUUUUAUAUAUCUCACUUGUUGAUUAUGCUUCCAGUGUGCCUAGAGCCAUUAUCAGUGACCAAGGGAGCCACCUUUCGGUGGAGAUUAAGCAUUGUGCGUAUUGGGCGGUGAAAAGUUGUAACAUGGCAUUUGAUGAAGUGGGUAUGGAAAGGAAGCUUCAAUUACAAGAACUUGAGGAGAUCCACUUAGAAGCCUAUGAGAACUCCAAGAUUUACAAGGAGAAAGUGAAGAGGUUUCAUGACUCUAGGAUUCUUAGGAAGGAGUUCCAUAUUGGCCAAAAAGUGCUCUUGUUUAUCUUUUGCCUCAAGCUUAUUUCCAGUAAACUUCGAUCUAGAUGGAAUGGACCUUUUGUUAUUACUAAUGUUUUUUCCAUGGUGUAA